GUCUGCGAUGCCCACCACUCAACAUGGACUCUGGUGACGGUCUGAAGUGGUUUGGCGAAGGCUUUGACGGCUUUCCGAAGAAACUCCCGGAAGACGUCGUAGAAUACAUCAUCUUCAUCAUCGACACUAGACUGUCAGACAUACAGACCAGAGAGCGUCUGCAGGCCUUCCAACGUGCGCUGCAGGACUUGAAGAAGAAAUUCUUGAAAGAGUACAUCUGGCAGCGAGAUGAGAUCAAACUCGAUCUUGUAAGGGAAAACGACCGUUGGCUCUUGAAAGGGCAGACCAACUACGGCGACAGUGUUGCUGAUGAGUGGCUAAUUGUAUACUUCCUGCGCGAGCUAAGUAGAGAGUUCAAGGAUGCAUGGAUACGUAUUUACGAUACAGACGGCGAGUUCCUGCUCAUUGAAGCCGCAAACGCGCUACCGAAAUGGCUCACUCCAGAGGUGGCAGAGCACCGAGUCUGGAUCAACACGCAUCGAAUGCUCAUCAUUCCUCUAGGAAAAGAGGAGGAACCGGCGCCACUCAAGCUGUCUGAUGCAUUCACUAUACUCGGUGAUACACCAGGCCGACCACAGCAAUACCCUAGAGUCGAGAAAGAGGCCUUUCACCGCCUCAAGAAUUACCCAACCGCCAUUGCAGAGAACCAGCACCACGCUACCAUUCCCUUGCCACGCAAGGUAGCACACAUCCUACACACAAACCCGUCUUACAUCUCAUCCGCAGUUGAGGCCUUCUACCUCCGAGACCCCAUCUCGCUGCGUCUUCUGCAGCCCGAGAAGUCCAAAUCAGCGCUUGUCUUCCCGCCUGAAGACUUUGUGUCUGUUAGUGUACGCUUCACAAAAGUGCUGUAUGCCCAGCUCUUGGGUCAGCACUGGAAUCCAACACCUCAGUACGAGUCAGCCAUUGAUUUGCUAGUCAAGUCUGGUCACCCACAGGAGAAGAGCGAGGUAGCAAUCAAGCUCAGCGCAGGCAUGCAAAUUCUUGCUUCGCACACCCUCUUCGCCGACAAGAAGGCCGUACGCGAGAUCAACCUUCUCCUGGAAGACAUGGAAUCAGGCGACGAUACUGUACCCACGGAUGCCGAGAUUGCCACAUGGCCUGAGCGCGAGGACGACGAGAGCUGGCUAGACAUUGACUUCUCCGAGUUCGAGAAGGAGCUCCAGGGCAAAGGGGGUGACAAAGGCUUCGGCGACAAAAACGCCCAGGACAACCUGAAGAAGAUGGUAGAGCGAUUCAACACAUUCCUCGCAGACGACCAGGCCGGACACGAGGGUGCAAAUGCGGUCGAGCGAGAUCCCAUGGAUGAGGAUAAUGACUCGGACCCAGGGCGUGGAUGGGAGGAUCCUGAGAGUAGCUCAGAUGAUGACGAAGAGGAACAGACUGGCGCGUCUACAUCACCGUCAAGCACGAAACCUGCAUCUCAACCUGAAGCGCGGAUCAAGUCGAAGGCCGCAAGAGCUGACGACGAAGACGACGAUUCUGGAAGCGAGUCCGAGGAAGAAGAAGAAAACCAGGCAGCCAUCGACGCCGAGUACGCCGAAUACGAAAAGUACUUCGAGAAGUACAUGACACUCCCUCCUCACGAAAAGGCAAUGCUCACCGAGGAUGCACGCGAAUUGGCACGCGCACAGGACGCCGAGAACGAAGAGGACGAAGAGAUCCGAAAGCUGACCGAGGCCAUGGAAGCCGAGCUCUUCGGCCACGGAGCACUUAACCUAAAUCCUCCCGCGGAGAAGGCUUCGAAGACACUCAAGAGCGUCGAGAAAGCGGGAAAAGUAGACAAGGGUAAAGCCAAAGCCAAAGUUUCGUUCGCCGAGCCCGAAGAUGACGUCGAAGAGAUCGACCGCGGAGGGAGAGAAGAGGGGGACGAGGAACUUCUAGACGAAGAUUACAAUCUUGUGCAAAACAUGCUCGCUGCUUUCAAGGGCCAGGCUGGCGCUGCUGGGCCGGCGGGUAACAUGUUGAGGGCCAUGGGUAUUCAGUUACCGCAGGAUGCGGAUGACGAAGUGCAAGGCUCUGGGAGCAAGGGCUAUAGUAACGUUGGCGAGGGGAGGGCGAGUGAGAAUCCGAUGAGGAAGCAGGAUUGGUAUAUGAAGUAGGAGAAACGACCAAGAAAAAUAGUCCACAUGCCAUUGUUUCAACAUCGAAACAAUACGACAAGAUUGAACCGAUGUGCAUGAAAGAAAUAACAUAUGCAGCUGCCAUAUUUGACGAAUU